AUGAGCAUAGAGAAAUCAGAUCAAAAAGAAGCUGACCAAGAACAAGAAAAACAAGAAAAUGCUUCAACUUUGAUUCAUAAUAUGAGUGGACCAUGGUAUAAUUUUCCUAUAAUUAGUAAUCUUCCAGACGAUAUUGAAAUAAGUGUCAUUGAAUCAUACGAUGAACAUGUAUAUAUUGGAACGACUUCCGGUGAGAUAAUACAUUUUUUUGAGAUAGAGUUUGGUAACUAUUUACUAGUCUCUAGAACUAAUUUUGAUGAUUCUAUCAAUAAAAGACAUCCUGCUGUUAAUAAAAUAAUAAUACUCCCGAAAAUUGAAAAAGCCUGUAUCCUCAGUGACUCUGAGGUGAUACUAUUUUUAUUGCCUGAGAUGGCCCCUGCUCCAAAUGUUGAAAGGCUGAGAGGUAUAAAUGAUAUAGUAUUAAAGGAUUAUCCCAAAAGGAAUGAUAAUAAAUUUAAAAAUAAAUAUGAAUUGUUGUUAUUUAGAGAUGAUAACAUUGCCAAUCUAGUAAUCACUGAAAGUGAAUUUAAACAAAAUACAAUUUUUGACUACAAGUUCAUCCAGAGUGGCAAGUGUCACGACUCGAUGGUUAUGAGUGCAAAAUUGAAUAACUACGAACUUUUAAAUUUAAAAUAUAAUCAAGUGAUUCCAUUGUUUCGUAUUAGUGAAUUGUCUGAUGAAAAAGAUGAAGUUGAAUUGAAACCAAUUAUACGACAUUUUAAUAAUGAUAGUUUUCUGGUUUGUUCUGGAGGUGCAUCAUACAACGAUAAUGCAAUGAUACUUGUUGUCAACCAUCAUGGGGAUAUUACUGGUAUGGCAAUGGAACUUGAACAUUAUCCAAUAGAUUUAAUUGUGAGUUACCCAUAUCUUUUGGUUCAAUAUAAAGAUGACCAAAUCCAAAUUUAUAAAUUUUCAGAUGACAAAAAAUUGGCGAUUCAGAAAAUUGAGAUUCCAAACUCCAGAUUAAGGUUAUUUAAGACUCAUAAUACAUUCAAACCUUGUAUAUUACCAAACUCCAAGGAUGCUGAAGUGUAUUCAAAUUUGCAAAAAAAGAUGGUCGACAAACUGAUGAUGGUACCCAUUGGUAAGAACCUUAACUCGACAACAUUUGACCUCAAAUAUAAAAAGCAAGAAUUAGAAGCUAUAUGUGAUAUUUCUUCUUCAAUUCUGAUAGGAGACUCCUCCUCAAUAUAUUCAUUUAUUCCAACACCAUUAUUUCUAACAAUAGAAAAUUUUGAGAUAUCGCAAAUUGAUUUGAUACUUGACUAUUUAAAAAAUUGCGAAGAAUUAAAUUUGAAAAGCAAAAUAUCCUCCUUCGAAAGAAAAUAUUUGAAUUUAUUAAAUUUGUUAUUAAAUAUGCUUCAUUGUGAUAAAAUUGAUACUCAUUUGGUCGAUUUAUGGGGCGAUCACAUUAAGAGUAUCGACAUACGGCUAUUCUUAGAUCUUUUGGGGUUUGAUACAUAUGGGAAACCCUGUAUUUAUAAUGGAUUAAAAUCAAUUUAUGAAAAUUUAAAGUCGUUAAACCUUCGUAAUAAAACUGAAAAUACUUCUGAUGAGUUUAUUAAAUUUUUUGAAAUUAUUAAAAAAAGGUUGAACAACCUCAUCGAAAGACAACGGAAUAGUAUUCAGGACUUCGAAAAUAUAAUUAUCACGAUUGAUAUCCUGUUAUUCAGGAUAAUAUACCUGGAUGGUGAUCAACAGAAUACCAAGUUUAAUAUUAAUGAAUAUAGCAAGCUAAGUCACAAUGAAAUUAUUAGAAUAGUAAAAGAAGAUAUUAUCCCCAAUAAUACUUCUUACAAUAAAUUAUUGAUUCAAAUAUAUGAACAAAAGAAAUUAUUUGCAGAUGCAUUAUCUAUAAUGAGAUCUAAUGUAAAUAGUAAAGACCGAACGAGUAUAGAACUUUUUUUCAUGUUCAUUAAAUCUCAUAUAAUGGAGUUAUCAAAAGUAUAUCAUUCAACAGAACUGAUGAACGACUUGGCAAUGAUAUUGGAGAAUCUGAGUAUAAUAGAUCAUAAAGAAGAUUUUCAUAACGUUGUUAGGGAAACACUCGAUAUAAUUAAGGAGGUAAAAACUGAUGUUCAUGUUUUAUUACAAGCUGUCGAAAUGUUUGAAAAUGGUAUAUUUAUAAAAGUUAUAAUUCUUGAGGAAAUACGAUUAGGAAAAGAUGAAAUGGGUAGUGCUGAAGAUAAUGAGUUUUUAGUUAGAUAUUAUAUUGAAAAGAUGCAUUCAGAUAUUCUAACCAGUAAUUUAUGGAGUACUUUCAAGUCAUUUCAAAUUGAGUAUAGAAAAGAUCACAAUUAUAACAAAUUAACAAUAAAUGAAUAUUUAUUAACUAAAAUAAAAUUUGAUUCCAGUUGUAAUUUAUUUCUAAAGAUGUUUGAGAAGAUAUUGAGAAUAAUUGAAAACAUUCCAAGUACUUUGGUGCUGCUCAAGAGUGAAAUUACAAAGUUUGACGAAGAUCAUAUAUUAUUCAUAUUAUUUUUCUUCUCCAAAAUAUAUUAUGAUACCAUUAAUGAGGAAGAGAAGUUAAACAUCCUUAUAGAAAAUAAUGCAUUUCUUGAGAUUCAAACACUUGUAAAUCCCAAAAAUAUUGUUCGCCUAUUCGAUCGUUAUUGUAAAGAAUUAGAUGACAUAGAUUUGGCAAUAGAACUUUUAAAAAGGAAUAAAAGAAUUCUAGAAGAAAAUACCGAAAAUUAUAUUACAAUUCUAGAAAGUAUUCCAAAAAACUCAACAUUUUAUAAAUCAGGACCUUUAAUAUUAAGUUUUUUGAUAAGCAAACAAACCAAAUUAGAAGAAUUAGAGAUGAAAAAAUCGUUGUUGAAGAACGAAGUCUCUAUUUACAAUGAUAUAUUGAAGAAGUUAGAUACAUGA